GGCAACUAGUGAUGAAGAAAGUGACAGCUACACGUGGGAAACUUUUCGCCGUUCCCCGUCAUUCAGCCACACGCACGAUAUCAGCAUUUUCUCAAGCGGAUCAAUCUCUUGUGCGUGCGCCUUCAUCACCACCACCAUCGGCUGCUUCCCCGCGCGUAUUCCACGAAUUACAGCCGCUGAGCAUGAGCACCCGCCCACUAAUGGAGGAGACCGAUGAGCGCAACGAACUCGUGAUUGUCGAAAAGGAAGACGAAUUUUAUGCUAGCCCUCUUGUCGAAAGCACAUCGCAAGUCGUGAGGAAGCCCAGGAUGUUGUAUGAUUGCAUACAUGGAGUUACACUUGAUAUGCGCGCUGCUGCCUCUCUAAUCUUGGAGGCCAAGCGAAAUCGUUCUUUCAACAAAGCUGUAUACGAGGAAUUCGUCCAAUCUGAAGCUGCUUUUCGAGUCCAGAGGUUUGACCACGACUUUUUCUUGGAUUCUGAUACGGCUGAGCAGACCCGGCUAAGUUCCAUAGCCCACUUUUUGAUGAGCGAGAUACAAAUCGCGAAGUACGAUCGGCUAGCGCGUUCAUUCGAAUCACAGCCACGGAAAGCAAAGGAUGCACCACAUGGACAAACACGUGUCUUGUCCCUAAAUAAUCUGACAAGAACUUGGAAAUUAGACGAAGCCGCACCAUUCAGAAGCGAAAGUGUCGAAAUUCCUGAACUGCUGGUGCGCUUUAGCUUCAACGACACUGAGCCGUGCUAUCAGAACUUCGCACGCGUAUUUCGUUAUAUCUUCCAGCAGCUGACGGAGCCUCCUCAGCAAAUCCAAGAUUACGCGAUAAGGUAUCAUCGUAAGGCUGGGAGGGAAAAGCACCUGCAAAAUUUACCGGCGGCAGUGGAAGUGACACUCGAGGAUUUUGCUUUGGAUUUGAUCGGGUUAGGCGAACCGCAGUUGAGGCUUGGGAAAAGAGCGGCAAAUGAAAGGACACGCUUCUACAUCGAGCUUGGCGAAAACGAAAAGGAGCGCCAGAAGAAAUUAGACGAGUUGUUGGCCGAUUUUGAUUUGUACAAAUCCGAAAUACUAAAAGGGAUGCAGCUUGCUUUGAGGGAUAUCAGAUCUUAUGAAUACGACAUGGAAAAAAAACAGUGGCUGUCACACGCGAAAAGAAGAAGAACAGCACCAGAAACUAACCCAGUGAUGGAACUCAGAGAACUGCAGAACCAAAACCAGGCAUACCUCGCAUUGUCGCUUGAGUAAGCUGUCGAAUCGAUUAAGCUGAACACCUCAAACCUCUUCCCGGAUGGACAUCUUCACUUCAUCUCUAUGCCUUGAUCUUGCAUUUUGACUUUAUGUGACUCUACGUGUACGUGUAUCAAGACACUCCAAAUGAUCUUUUGAGUUGAUUUCUUUCCUCUGUAUCUGUUCCUCGUUGAGUUAUUGUUAUGUGCCUUAAUGCAUUAUACUAAAUUACUGGA